UUCAUGGAUGAGCUGUGUUCAAUAUCCUCACGCAUUGUUAAAGGAGGUCAGUAAAGCAAGAUCACUUGUUGAAGAUACUUCAAGAUACCUCAAAUCAUUUGAACUCUUUCUGGAUCGCUCAUCAGAGCACCAAUGUAUGCAGGACUUCAUCCAUAAUACUCUACCAGACAUACUGGGAAGCAUUGGUGGAGGACGGCCCAUUUUUAAUGUGAUGGGUGUAGGGAGUGGAGGAGGUGAGAAUGAUUUAGAGAUGCUAGCACAGCUUCACAUGAAACAUCCACAUGUCAAAGUUAACAAUGAAGUGGUGGAACCGAGCACUGACAUGUUACACAAGUAUAAAGAUCUGGUGUCAAAAACGCCAAAUCUUGAUUAUAUUAACUUCACAUGGAAUAAGAUGACAGCUUCAGAAUUUGAAAAACACUGGCAGGAGAAAAACCUUGGAAAAAAGAUGGAUUUCAUUCCUUUGAUUCAGAUGCUGUAUUAUGUGGAAGAUCCAGAGGCCACUGUCUCAUUUUUCCGGAGUCUGUUAGAUAAAGAUGGAAAACUCUUAAUCAUUCUGGUGUCAGGUGAGGGUGGAUGGGCGACAUUAUUGAAGACCUACAGAGCUGCUCUCUGUAAACCUGAGAUCAGCCAGUGUGUCAAUAUGGGAGAUAUAAAGACCUUCUUGGAUACCAAGGACAUCAAAUACACUAAUUAUGUUCUUCAGUCCCAUAUGGACAUCACAGAGUGUUUCACAGAGGGAGAUGAGGUCGGAGAACUGCUGUUGGAUUUCCUAACUGAAGUGGUAGAGUUCAGUAAGAACGCUCCUGAAGACCUGAAGAAAGGAGUGCUGGACUUACUGAGACAUCCAGACUGCAGUAAAGAGGUGGAUGGCAGGAUAAUGUUCAACAGUAGCAUGGAAGUUGUAGUGGUUGAGCCGUAGCCCCGUUACUCCUUAAUAUCUGACCUGACCUCCAAAGGACUUUUGUGUUACGCAUUAUAUUUUUAAAUUUUGAAUUCCUGUACCAAAAAUAUGGGGUCUGGCUUAUUAUAACAUAGAAAACAUAAUAAACAGUAAUUGCAUAGCUUGGGCAUCAUAAUGUACACACAUAUUUUCAUUUAAAUAAAGUUCUAUGGAGAUUAUUGUGACAGGAGUCGGAUGACCCCAAAGCAGUGGUCACCAACCCUGUU